AUGUGCAGCACGGGCCAAAGCGACAAAGAAGGAGAUGUCCACCCGAGAGCGUUCCUCGGCAGAAGCUGUGUCUCCCUUCCUCUCGCCUUUGAGGAGCCGCCCUGCGUGCCUGUCCCGGGCGGCGGAGGACAGCUGGAGAAGCGCGCCUCUCUCCUCCCGCGACAACUCUUCCUCUCCUUCCUCCCGCUUUCCUCUCUCCCCCCGUUUUCUCACCUCUCUCCACUCAUCAUGAGUGCGCCGUCUCGGAAGAUGGAAGACUCGCUGGCUGCUCUAAAGUCGGACAUUGUCUUUUUCUUGUCUCGACUGCAGCACGGCUCUCUGGAGACUUCGCUGAAGGCGCAGGACCCGGUCUUUGAGGGCAUGGUUCGCGAUCUCCAGCGCUUCGACGAGAGUUUGGAGGCGCUGCAAGGCGGCGUCGCGCGGUUCCUGGAGGGGACUGAGCACCUCUGCGCGGGGCUUUCUCUUCUCUCCGAGGCGGCCGUGCUCCACCUGACGAAGAAGAGCGACGCAUGCAUCGCCCGCGACGCCUGUCUGUACCGCGAGGCGGUUCACCGCAUCACCCGCGCCGACGCGCCUCACGCCGCGUACGCGAAACUCAAGCGUGACUUGCAAUUCAACGUCACAGAGCCGCUCCGGAAGCACCGCGAGCACAACGCGAAACUCCGCCAAGAGGUCCAGAUCCGCAACCGCCGGCUCGCCGAGUGGCUGAUCGCCCAGAAGAAACUCGAACACCUGCAGGAAAAGUUCAACGCGGGCCGGAGAGACGAGGCGCCGCGGGAGAAACGCGCCACGAGUGAAGCUUUGGACGAAGAAGAACGGCCUCUCGGGGGGAAUUCGCGGCUGCUGAGUGGAGCACGGCCUGCGGAGAAAGACGUGCUUUUCGCCGAGGCCGCGGUCGAGACGGCGAGACUGCGGUUCAAGGAAGUCGACGACGUCCUCUUUGAAUGGCUGCAAAUGCUCGACGCGUACAAAUGCGACAUCUUUGACAGCGCGCUGCAAACCCUAAAGUACCUUCAGUACGAAUUCUUCGCAAGCAGCGCACACGCCGUCGCCAAGGUUCUGCCCAGUCGCAUGGAGUUCCGGCCCAUGGUCGAGAUGACUCCUCAACUCCUCCUGCCUCAGGUGGAGUUGGAGCUCGCUGAGCGCGCAGCGGCGGAAGAGCGAGGAUCUCCAAAGAGCGCGAACGGGACGGGUUUGACGGCGACGGAGCGUUUGGUCGAGAAGUGGGAGCGGGAGGCUUCGCUUUGCACGUGGAUCACGGACGCGUCGUCGGGCGCGCCUCCAGUGUUGCUGGUGCAGCGUCCGGAAGGCGAGGAGCCCGAGAGCGAGGUAACGGUAGACAUUCUCUCUCUGGCCGUUCUCACCGCUCAGGGCUUCGAGGAAACCUUCGCGAAGCGCGCGCUGCAGAAGCACGAAAACGACACCCAGGCAGCCAUGGACUGGCUUCUCAACGGCGGCACUGAAGAGCUCCAGAGACAGCUCGAGGAAGAGCGGCGCGCGGAGGAGAAGCCGCAGAGUGGACAGGGCGCGGGGGGCCACGUCAGUUCGGCGGGUCUUGAGGACGUGCGCCUCCCGACCACCCUGAAGUGGGUCGAGAAGUUGAAGGCCGCAAAGAGGAAGGAGCGGCAAACCUGGCAGCAGAAACGGCGCGCCGAGCGCGAGGCCGCCGCAGUCGCUGCCGAGACACUCCGAGAGCAGGACGGCGCGGCCGAGAAGGUGGCGAACGCGGAGAGUGUGGUGAGCGACCGCGGCGCGGAGAACGCGGAGACGCGCGAGCCGCGAGAGAGAAGGAGGAGAGGCGAGACGCGAGGGGACAUGCGGCGCAGAGCCGAGAGAGAGAGGCGAAGCGAGAGCGGGGAGAGCGGCGGAAGUGAGAGGGUGAGGGACGCCCGCCGACGAGGAGCGCAGAGAUCAGCCAGUUUGUGGUCAGACGAGAGCGAGGGCGAUAAGAGUCUGAAGAAGAGUGAGCGAGAGGAGCCGUCGGAGCGCAGUCGAAAGAGCCGUCCGACGGAGCUCUCGAAAGAGAAUUCGGACCUGCUGGGCGAGGAACCUACGCGAGGCGGGAGACGGCAGUUGUCUAGCGAGGACGAGGCACGCCGGCGCAGUCCGCGGCCGGAAAAAGACAGAGUGAGAGAUGCAGACUCUCGACGGCAGCGCCGGAACAGGAAGGGAGAGGAGACGAGCGCCUCCAGCGACGCGUUUUCAGACAAUCGCCGCGAGAGGCGAGGCGAGCACGAGAGGCGGGCGGGGGGCGAGCGCCGAGGAGAGGAUUGGGUGGGGUGUCUUCUGGACACACAGGACAGGCGAAGCGGGCGGGGAGAGAGAGAGAAGGAAAACGGCAGGUCGGGAGGUCGAUCGACGAGUCGCGCGACGAGUGCGUUGUCCUCAGAGUCGGCAGGCAGCUCAGACUGGGACGGCGAGUGCGAGGGCCGGAGGGAGCGAGGGAGGCGCGAGCGGCCAGAAGACGACCACCAAUCUGUCUCCUCGCCGUUCGCCGAGCUCGACGAGGCCUUCGCGGACGCCCGGCGCGGCGAGACGCGCGCGUCCAGAACGAAAAAAGACAGCAGGGGCAGAAAAGAGAGAAGAGAACAGGGACAAGGGAAAGAGGAAGACAGCAGAGGGAAAGAGGAAGACAGAAGAGACAGAAACGAAGACAAAAUGGACUCAGUGGCAAGGCUUCCGCCGCUGCCUGACCUCCUGGGGGAGUUCGACUCAGCGACGCCGGGGCAGGAGUGGGACACGCGACAGCCGAGCUUCGACGUGUCUAGACAGCCGGCGCGUUCUCGGCGAGAAGCAGGCGGGGCAGAGACAGCGGGAGACAGGGGAGAGGCGAGCAGGCGCUCAGACCCCACGUCUUCCCGCUCGCGAGACAGCGAAAGCUCCGGCGCAGGCCGAGUGCGCCGGAGACAACGCGAGGAGCCACGGGAGAAGAGACGAGGACGUCUCGAUUCGUCAGUCUCGUCGCGCGCUGAAAGUUCAGGGAGCGAUGAGGAGGCGAGAGCGCGGCAGAGCAGCUCGGGCGGUGAGGACGCGCGGCGGACGGGAGACGUGGAGCCGAGAGGACGCGAAGAGCGCGUCCGUGCAGACACCAGGGACGUGGCCGACACCAGAGCGUCGAUCGCCGACAGAAUGCGCGCCUUCGACGAUCUCCUGUAG